UCGUCCCGGUCAUUUAGUAGUUCUUGCCGCCGUUUAUCGGCUGGCGUUACAAUGCAAACGUUUCUGUCCCCGGUUCUGCCUACUAUAAAUUAACAAAGAAUUAUGUAAGAUCAUGUUAAUUGUUCUGUGAAUACGGAUUGCGUAGAGGAUAAAACGGUAUGGUCGUCAGGUAUAAGUAAGUAAGUAAGUAAGACAAAAUGCCGGAUUGGUGGUGGCUGCUAAUGGCUGCUGUGUUUGGGGCAGUGUCGGCGCUAGCCGUGCCUGUUGCCUUGUUGAUCUACUUCAUCAGGCCUUUUGAGAAGAAGCCCACAGUCGAGGAAGACUUUAGCAUGCCCAUAACUAUACCACCAGAAAUAUUGCACGAACUAACACGAGGUGCUGGGGGUACUCCUGAAGGUGCUCUCAACGCCAUGCUUCAGUUCAUAUUCCAACAAAGCACAGCUGAUACCCGCUGGCUUCGGCGUCGCAUGGCCAAUGAGCUAGCCGAACUGCUCGCUAAGACUUCUUCAGGGAAACUAUUUGAAUCUUUAACACUACGGUCUCUAGAAGUAGGUACGGAAUUUCCUUGCAUUUCAAAUCUUCGAAUUGUGAGUGGGGAGUUGGAGGAAGACGGGGCAAGACUACGAGCUCUGGACUUAAGACUGGACCUAGCUUACGAUGGUAGCUUUAGGAUUGAACUUGACGCGGUUAUGUUGUUGGGGAAAAUUGCUAAUAUUUCUAUUACAGUUGAAAGCAUCAGUGGAACCCUUCGAGUGAUGUUCAGAAGAACACCAUACACACAUUGGGCAUUAGCCUUCGAGACUCCACCAAAACUUGAACUCCGAGUGAGAGGCCGGUUCCAAGGAAGACAGCUCAAGCCGAGACUGGCCGCUUUAGUAGCAGCCCAUAUAAGGAGGGCAGUCGCUCAAAGGCACACACUUCCUAAUUACAAGAUACGGUAUAAGCCGUUCUUCCCGAAGUCGGAGCCAGGCAGUGGAGAAGGGGAGGAUGGACCAACUCCCAAUGGACGGUUGACAGUCAGAUUGGUGGAGAUCACGCGACUGUAUUGGUCCGGUAGCAAUGCUGUCAUACGUGCUGGAAUGGCAGUCGACUCACAUGCAUGGGUAUCCCUGCGACGAGGUGUGCUAGUGCUAGAUGUAGUGUUGCCAGCAGUAAGCGGUCCGCUAGGUCUCGUGUGUUGCCAGGGCGUCGGUGUAGUGUUGGUAGAUACCGUGGUGCCCAUGUCGCCAGCAUACAGAGCAGACCUUCGCCGCGAUGACGUUGUCCUAGCCAUAGAUAAUAAACCUGUUAACAACGUGGCACAGGUCGGAAAACUGUUACGAAGUGUGGAACGUCGAGCGGUGACGGUGCGCGUGCGUCGCGGGGGUGCCGGUGGAAACACCAGGAGAGAUGACGAACCCAAGCGAUUGAGGACUAACUUCUCCUUCCGAAGGGUUUCCGAAGUGAUGGAAGGUGUACGACUUCAAGGCAUGCGUUCAACUAAGAUGUCCAAUGCUCAAGAAUCAGACUCACCAUCAAAAACAGUUGAGCAUCAUAACGAAACUGAAGGCCAUGGUAAACAGAAAAUUGAGAUAGCUCGGCAACUGAUCAAAUCAUCGGACCAAACCGGGCCCACAAACUUCGGCUUGAGAAAACGAAGGUGUUCGGUUGAGAACAAAUCUUCUGACAGUUCCACUGGAAGUACACCGCCCGCUUCCGGAGCAAGUACGCCACUUCGACAAGCAACUACGAAUAAAGUUGUUAAGCAUCCCGACCUACCCAUAAUAAGAACAGAUUCUUCUGAAUGUAAAGGUGAUAAGCUAGAAGCACCUGACGAAGAUGAAUUGCUUGAAGCAGGGGGACCAAGACAGAGCGAGCAUGUUGAAAUUUGUCAAAUGUAUUGGACCAAAAGUGUCCAACUGAAGCAAAUUAUGCCUAUUGACGAGGAGACGGAGUUUAAAUUGAACGAAAAUCACAAAUAUCUCAAUAUUAAUGUCUGGGCAACGGUGCCUGGUGAAAAAGACGAAGUGUUAUUGGGAUAUCUGAAUAUCCCGUUGGCUGCACUACUGUCUGAAUGUCAGGAUUCAACAGUACCGCAUAAUAUGAAGCGCUACCAAUUUCUACCACCAGAUGUAGAUAUUAAAUUUAGCAAGAGUCACAAGCUGGCAACGCAUGCUGGGUUCGAGCCCUGCCUCUGUUUCGGCGAUGCCCUCGUAUGGUGGGAGUGGGAGGGAGUCGGAACUACGAGGACUACCCCCCGGCGUGCGACGGAAUCACGAAGCUACUCGCAACCGCACUCACAAAAACCAGCCAUUAUUACACAUGACUUUGUGCGCACUCACUUCCACAGAUCCACGCAAUGCGAUUUCUGUAAUAAGAAGAUAUGGCUAAAAGAUGCAAUGCAGUGCCGCAAUUGUGGACUGUGCUGCCACAAGAAAUGUGUUACGAAAUGUCAGGAGUCAUCGCCUUGCGUGCCCAAACAAGAUAGAGCAGAACUGCUUGUUGGAUCAGGAUGCCAGCCUCCUGAGCUAGUCAUGACUGAGGCGGAUGCUGUCGACCCUGACUCUGAGGAAGACGAGAAAGGAGAGAGAAAAGACUCCCUUGAUGUUCACGAAGAAGGUGGUCCGAUGAGUGCGCUGGUGGCAGGCCUUCGGCGUGCCGGAUCUGCGCAUUCCCUGGCUGCUCCUAAAAGUAACGCCUCAUCCAGAUCACUUCCACCAUCUCCCAGCCAUACACCCAGGAAACAGUCACUGGAGUCUGUGAACCCCUUCCUGAGCCUUGGCGCGGCGUGGCUGGCCCGGGGCGAGGUGGCGGCCAUCUUGGAUCCGGCGCUGCAGAGUGCGCUGCCCCCGGACGCUCUGCUCGCAGCCGCAAGGGACUCCGCCCCUGAACUUGCUGCUAAGCUCUCAGCUAACCAAAUACAUGAAAUGCUGCAAGCGGUUCGGGAGGAACUAUCGAGGUUGGACGCGACCAGCGAGCAGGGCGGGGAGAGUCGCGCAUGCGCACUCACCGCGCUGAUGUUACACUGCUGCGCCGCUGCACAACUAGCACAACAACGUACCGCUGACAACCCUAGCAAUACCUGAACUGAAAACAUUGAAAAUUGACUUGCAUCCCGUACCAUAAAAAAAAGUGUGUGUGUACACAUGCAAGAAGUUAUACUUCAAUAAAAAUCCUUAAUACAUACAGGGGUGUCGGUAACGGUAACAGCGUCGCGAGUCCAAUGGUUUCUUCACGUCUAAAAACUGCCCAACGCACCCACAGGAGUUUUCACUUGUGGUUACGUUUCUCCCUGCAUCUCUGAUAAGAGAAAUAGUCAAUUUGUAGUAAUUUAUAGCUAAUGUAAAAACUGUUACUAUAAUUCUAUUCUUACUGUUGUAAAUGUACAUUAUUCCUGAAUUUUAUGAAUAUAAUUGAUGUAUCUUCCUGCUUUUGUUUGAGUUUUGAUAGUUUACUAUGAAAGUUAUUAUAUUUUUACGACCCCAGAACAGUUAAAAGAGAUAAUGAUAAUAAUCAUCAUCAUUUCAGCCGGAAGACGUCAAUUGCUGAACAAAGGUCUCACCCCAAAGAUCACCAUGACGAUCGGUCUUGCGCUACCCUCAUCCAACCUAUUCGGCGAUUUUGACCAGAUCGUCGGUCCAAUUUGUGGGGGGCCUACCAAUACUACGUCUUCCGGUACUUCGCCAUUCGAGGACUUUAAUAAUAAUAAUAGUAUCUUUUAACUGUUCUGUGUUAACAACAAUCAAAACUCAUAUAAAAGACAGAUCUGUGCUAAGAUUCUUUGUGUUGUGAUAAUUCGUAGACUUAUUGAAAUAACUUCAGUCGCUGUUUCCGCUCCAAGUUCAAUGCAGAUAAAAUUAAAUGUAUUGUUUAUUGUAA